GUUGGUUUCUCUGAAACCUCUCCCAUGGCGGAAACCGGUGAGAAGCCCAGAGCUCGCCUCUGCUGUAUUUGUCACCAGAGAAAGGCAGCUCUCAAAAUACCCAAAACCCUGUAACUUCAGUUUAUAAUUGAAUUUCAAACCAACAAAAUGUUCCCAAGUACUGUAUGGUUUAAUUUUCCAGGCUUAACAAUUGAUUCACAGAAUUGGAGGAAAACUGGAUACUGGAUGCUAAAAUCAUGGUUUGUUAAAGAUUUGCAGAGAAUGUUUCUACGAGGCAUUUGAGGAAGAAAUUCAUCAAGUAAUUGUGGGAAGUCAAACUGGUUAAGCCCGGGGAGCGCAUCGGUAUUGGUGCCUCCGGUGGAAAAGAAUCAACGGUUCUUGAGUAUGUAUUAUCGGAACUGAAUCGGCGGCAUAGGUACGGCCUUCAUCUUUUCCUCCUGUCAGUUGAUGAGGGCAUUACAGGAUACAGAGAUGAGUCCCCUUGAAACUGUCAAAAGAAAUGAACUUCCGUAUGGGUUGCCACUAAAAAUUGUAUCAUACAAGGAUUUGUAUGGAUGGACAAUGGAUGAAAUAGUGAAGAUGAUUGGUUUAAAGAAUAACUGCACUUUUUGUGGUGUUUUCCGACGUCAGGCUCUUGAUCGUGGUGCUGCCUUGCUGAAAGUAGACAUGCUUGUUGCCAGGCAUAAUGCAGAUGAUAUUGCUGAAACAGUUCUCUUGAACAUAUUACAGGGUGAUAUUGCUAGGGUGAGUAGAUGCACUUUGAUAACAACUGUAUAUGCUUAUUUCAGGAAGCUGGACUACUUCUCCACUGAAUACAUAUAUUCUCCAAAUGCAUAUCAUGGUUUUGCUCGUGAAUUCAUCAAAGAUUUAGAGAGAAUUAGCAAUUGCAGACCCGGGGCUAUCCUUGAUAUAAUCAAAUCAAGAGAAGAUUUCAGAAUAUCCAGUUCUACAAAAAUGCCAGAACAGGGAACUUGUGAAAGAUGUGGUUACAUUUCUAAAAUGGUGUAAAGCUUGUGUCUUCCUGGAGGGAUUAAAUCAGGGUUUGCCCUAGCUGGGAAUUGGACGAACUCGAGGCCUAAAUGAUGAUCUGAAGAAGGAUGUAAAACAGAAUAGUCAAGUGAAAAGUAUUGAGAGCAAACGGUGUGGAAGUCUAGACUUCUGAUGUAGAAUGCAGGUAUCCACGUUGAAAGCCAGUGUUGAAUAGUUCUAGGGUUAAUCUCAUGCUUCCUACCAAUGAGGCCUCUCUCAAGCCCACUGGGGCUUUUGCUCUCGCCUCCCCUUCCUCUCUGGCAACAAUAAUUAGGUUCUGUUCAACCCAUUUUGAAGUGAGUUACUGUUUUGUGUGCUUUACUUUAUGAUGGGAGUUUUAUGGAAUCAAUAACCAUUUCACCA